AUGGCGCUGUCCACAGAAAAGGUGAAAUACCCUGAAUGGUUGCAGAUUCGGAGUGAGUCAUUAGCAGAUCCUGAUAAUCUUGUUAUCAGCUCCCGUCUAUUAGACUAUAUUGAGGACAUUGUGGAUAUAAAUACAGACGAAAUCAAACAAUCCGAACCAUUGCAGCAGCGUGCCCACUUCGAUUUUGAUAGAAUUCUCAACAAGUUCCCUUACUUAACAUCUUAUUGGAAACGCUAUGUCACUGUUGAAUAUGCUCUAAACGGCCUUGAGAGUUCGGCACUUAUUCUAGAGAGGGCUGUGUUAAGCUUCCCUCAGUGCAUCGAUCUCUGGAUCGAUUAUAUCAAUAUUGUGGUUGCCAACAAGCUCAAGAUUGAUUCGGAGGUGAAAAAAUUGUUUGAAGAAGCAUCUCAUCAUGUUGGAAGACAGUAUAUGUCUGAUCCUUUUUGGGACUUGUAUCUUGAGUGGGAGGAAAAGCAUUCAGGGAAGAACUCCAAUGCAUAUAUUGACCUAUAUUUGACGAUUAUUAGGAUACCACUGCAUCAAUAUGCACGCUACUUUGAAGCAUUCAGCAGUUUGCGUGACAGUUUCACUAUAAAAGAUCUAAUACCAGAACAGCAUCUUAUUUCUCACGAAGAUACUACUCUCAUAAGCUCUAUGCAAUCCUUGAAACUUAAGAGCAUCGAGAACUGGGACCAGUUAAAUGACAAGAGUGCCAGUUUACUUCUCCAGGACUAUUUUUACCGUGUAUUUGUAGAGACCGAGAAGGGAACUAACAGUCGGUGGGAGUAUGAGAGUAAGAUCGACCGCAUAGAGUUUGAUGCCACACCCGUGACGGAUGAAGAUCUAGAUGCCUGGAAUACGUAUCUUGACUAUGAAGAGACACAGGGCGAUGUUGCUCAAAUAAUAUCGUUGUAUGAGAGAUGUCUCAUACCGACAUGUUCGUAUCAAUCUAUAUGGAUUAGAUAUCUCAAAUUUCUGAUUGCAGAGACCCAUGAUAACGAUAGGAUUGUCUACCUUUUUAAUAGAGCCUGCGAUACGUUCGUCCCCAAAGAGUUUACCAACAUAAGAUAUAUGUUUGCUAAAUUUUAUGAAGAGACUCUGCACGAUUUCGAUGGUGCUAAGGAGGUAUACUUCAGCCUUGUUAGUGAAUAUCCAUACGAGUGUAGACCUGUUACGGAGACUUUUCAAUUUCUAUAUAGACAAAACAAGGACAAAGAUUCAGUUGUGAAGGAUGCAUUGACGACUGUGAAAAUUUACAUUCAGGAUCAUUACGAUAUCGUGAGAAAUCCCAGAAAAAUCACUUCUUUAGGUGGAUCAAUUAUCAAGUCAACGCAUUUUCAAGCUCUUUAUAGACUACUAAACUUCAAAAACGUGUCUCAGCUCAUAGUGGAAGCAGGAAAAGUGUUUUGGCUAGAAAGGCACCUAAUAAAGAAAACCAGGCAACUUCUAAUCUCACUCUUUAAAGAGGAUCUUGUCAAAUCAUCUAUACCGUACUGGUAUUUCUUCUUUAAAUUCGAAUUAUGCCAGAGGAAUAAGAAGAAUCUUUCGAACAUUGUCAACUAUAUCAAAUAUUUUGCACAGAUGCCAAUUGCUGAGGUCAACUACUUGAUAUCUGCUUACAACGACUUUGCGUUUAAGAACUCGUCUAAAGCAGAGCUCAUAGGGACAUCUCGUGAAAUCGUGCGCCAUUACUUAGAGACAGAUGUUGAAUCAUCAACGGCGAUGAAGCACUUUCUCAAAUCACGACUCUCCACUGAUCGCAACGAGGAACUAACUAAUAAGAGACUUCAAGUGGAAAACGGUCACCCUUCUGGAAAACGGGAUGGAAGACCUCGAAUCAACAACACCAUUGAUUACACUUUGAGACUAAGUGAAAUAGGAGUGCCGGCUCUCCCUGAAUUCAGUAAUGUGGAAAGAGCAAAUACCCCUGUGGAAUAUAUUCAUCCUGUAGAAUAG